AUGUGUUGCUUGAGAGGGGAGAGAGAGACAGACAGAGAGAGAGAGAGAGCCUAUAUGAGUCAUUGUGUAGUUCCAAAAUGGAAUCUGAGCCACGAAAGACAAGAGCAAGUCGAAGAAGAGGAAGAAAAGAGAUCUUUUCACGUGCCUGCUGAGAAGAAUCAACACAGUACCACCACUAAACCUCUUGUCCCAUUCUACCAGCAAAUGGCAAAGCAAGGAAUUACAGAACUAACAUGGCAAAAUGGGCAACUCGCUCUGCAUGGGAUUGAUGGGCUACAGCCGACAAUCCCACCAAAGCCCACAUGGAACCGAGCCAAUGACACGUUGGAGUCCGUAGUCAAUCAAGCUAAACUCCAAACUCAAGGCCCAGACUUGAUCCAGCAAGGCGAGCCAGUGGUCCAUACUGGCCGCACCCUCGCACCCUCUGGCGCGAAUGGGAAAUGGGUUGAGAGGGGGAACCAAGAACCGUCGGCGAGAAAAAGAACACGAUCAACUUCCGAUUAUGGUGGGAAAAAUGUCAGCACAAGCAACAACAAUAACAACAACAACAGCAACACUAUGCAAGUUGACCACGGUGAUCACAGUGUGUGUGGAAGUGCGAGUGCAGCGUUUUGUAGGGACAAUGAGACUACUUUGAUGACAUGGGCUUCCUUUGAUUCUCCUCGAAGCUUGAAAACUAAAUCCAUUGAUGAAGAUUCUGCUUGUCAUGUUGAAUCGGAAAAUCAAGAGGAAGAACAAGAUACAAAGCGUGUAGCAAAUCGUUCUCAUUCAGCUAGACGAAGUCGAGCUGCUGCUGUACAUAAUCAAUCAGAACGGAGGAGGAGAGACAGAAUUAAUGAGAAGAUGAAAGCCCUGCAGAAGUUGGUGCCAAAUGCAAGCAAGACUGAUAAAGCUUCGAUGUUGGAUGAGGUAAUUGAAUACUUAAAGCAGCUUCAAGCACAAGUUCAGUUCAUGAGUGUGAGGAGUAUGCAACAAAUGAUAAUGCCUAUAGGAAUGCAGCAACAACUUCAAAUGUCGCUCCUAGCUCGUAUGGGCAUGGGGGUCGGUCUAGGCAUGGGAAUGGGGAUGCUCGACAUGAGCGGUAUGCCACGUUCAGCCCCGCAAGCACUUCCUCCACUCAUCCAUCCUACAUCCGUGCCCUCUACACCUCCUGCAUUUGUUCCGCCCCACUUCUUGUUACCUCCUGCAAUUCCAAGGCAGGAUCCAACACAAGCCAAGCCUGCCACCAAUGGCUCUGUUGAUCCAUUUUGUGCCUUUCUAGCCCAAACAAUGAAUAUGGAUAUUUACAACAAAAUGGCAGCUUUCUAUCGCCAACAAGUUAAUCAGACAACAAAUGCAAUGAGCAGCCCAACACAAUCAAACAAUAUGCAAGGAAAUUAAUGUUUUCGCUAAAGCAACUCAAAGAUUGGAUAAGAACAGGAGCACUCGCACUCAACUUUAUUCGUUGAUAAGUUCUAUGUUUAGUUGACAAGGACUGAACUUUGAAAAUAUCUGUAUUUCAUGAUUAUGAGGAAUUAUCGGUAUUGGAUUAUGUAAAAACAUGAUUUUGCAUUAAUAAAUAUUAAAUUUCUCAUGGAA